AUGGAUCCAUCCUAUUUCACGACGCCGCCAGGUCAGCGACUCCAAUCCCUCAGUCUGCCCUCGUCUGUCACCGCCGUCAACUCGGGCUCCAGCGCUGCGAGUGCCAGUUCCUCUUCACGCGCGCACGUCUUCACCCGCGUUGCUACGCGUGAGUCAUCUUUCUUGAGCCAAGUCUCCUCUCUCUCGUCCCUCAGGAGGCCCGACGAAAGUGCACACGACUCGCCCGUUCACAGCUCAAACUACGCUACUUGCCUACGCUGGCCGAACAGGAGCCUCUGGCGCUGGCUCCUCGUGUUCCUCGCAAUCUUGCUGUGCGCCCAGCUCUACCUCAGCGUCCGCGACUCCAGCGACGACGUCCUCUCUCAACUCUCAAAGGACUGGAGGUCGGGUGCUCACUUGGCUGGGACCAGACCGGGAGAAUGGCUGAAGGAGAACUCAUACCCGAACGACCUGCGGACCAGGCGGCCCAAGGCGGCGCUGAUCAGUCUGGUGAGGAACGAGGAGCUCGACGGAAUUCUGCAGAGCAUGCGUCAGCUGGAGUUUCGGUGGAACAGGCGGUACCAGUAUCCCUGGGUGUUCUUUAAUGAGAAGCCGUUCUCGGACGAGUUCAAGGCGGCGACCUCGAAUGCGACAUCAGCGCGGACAGAGUAUCACCUCGUCCCUCACGCGCACUGGGUAACACCCUCCCACAUCAACCAGACCCUCUACCACAACUCGCUCGACUACCUCUCUCUGACGUCCGUGGGCAAGGGCCACCUGCUCAGCUACCACGCCAUGAUCCGCUGGCAAUCGGGCUUGUUCUACCUGCACCCGGCGUUGGCGGCGUACGAAUACUACUGGCGCGUGGAGCCGGACGUGCACUUCUUCUGCGACGUGCCGUACGACCCGUUCCGGUUCAUGCAGGCGACGGGGAUGGUGUACGGGUUCAACAUGGCCAUCCUAGACGACGCGCGGAGCUUCGCCUCGCUGUGGUCGACGACCCGCGACUUCAUCACCGCCCAUCCACACUUGGUGCACCCGGACGCCAGCCUCGACUGGCUCCUCGACCCGCAGACGGGCCUGACGUACAACAACUGCCAGUUCUUCUCAAACUUUGAGAUCGGCGCCCUCUCCUUCUUCCGCGACAACGAGGGCAACCGCAGGUACUUUGACUGGCUCGACGACAAGGGCGGCUUCUACUACAGCCGCUGGGGCGACGCGCCUGUGCACACGCUGAGCGUGUCCAUGUUCGCCCCGCCCGACCGGGUCUGGUGGUUCCGCGACAUCGGCUACCAGCACGACAUUGCGCGACACUGUCCACCACAGGGGCCGACCAAGGCUACUACCACCACCCGUUCCAGAUCCAGACCUAGCCAGAGGACCGGCACCGACACCACCACCUCCUCCGAAGGGGGAGAAGACGAAGACGAAUAUGACACCCACCACAGAGGAGGAGGAGGAGGACGACGACGAGGCGAAUCCCAAUCUCGCUUCUGGCUCCCCGACGCAGAAUCCCGCCACUGCACAUGCGAACCCACCUCGCUGGACGAGAACUUUUACAAGCUCGUCCCCAUGGAGUCGCCGCAGCUGAAACCGGCCGACACGUGCAUCCGGCUGUGGUUGGGUGGGGAGUACCUCAGGAAGAAGGCCGGUUGGAGCCAGGACGCGGAGAGGAUGUUGGGCGGCGACGGGUAUGGCGGGUACGUCGACAGUGGGUUGUGA